AUGAGUCAAGACACAUGUGGAACCGCCGGUAAAGGAGCAGAUGUCUGCACGGAUUCUUCCCUCAGCCACCAAGAGAACGGCCAGAGGGACCAACCAGCAGGAGGGGAAGCAGUUGGGAAUUCGGUCAGUUCGACAGAGCGGCUGCCGGCACAACUGCAGCGGUGUCAGAGAGAGAUGCAGCAAAUGCUCACUCGAGACCCCAGGUGCAGGCGGUGUCCCGAUGGCUGGCGCUCCUGGGGGGGUCACUGCUACUUCUUCUCGCCGGGACUGGAUCAGAACCGUCCGUGGAACGAGAGCUCUGCCUUCUGCCGGCAGCACAACAGCAGCCUGGCUGUGAUCAGAGACCCGGCAGAGAUGGAUUUUCUGCAGGGAGUGAUGAGGAACUUCUCCAGCUUUCCUUUCCUCUGGGUGGGGCUGACGGAUGACCAGGAGGAGGGACGGUGGCUGUGGUGGGACGGGACGGACGUCCAGCACUACAUGCCGUUGAUGGUGCACUGGGACACUGACUACAGGGACUGUGCAGACCUGAGGGGAGAGGGGAGUGUGUUUGCUGCUGAAUGUGAAGAAUAUGGACCCUGGGUCUGUAAAAGAGAGUCCUAA